CUAGGCCCAUUACAGCAAGCAUCUGAUGUCUCCAGCAGUGAUAUAAUGAAAAGUCGUGAUGUAGGUCUACCUUCCUACAAUAGGUACCGUCAGCUCUGCAGUUUGCCUGUAGCUAAGACCUUUGAUGACCUAUACCAUUGGAUGCCUAAAGAUCAAGCAGACGUAAUAUCUCGCAGCUACGAGUCAAUAGAUGAUGUGGAUCUUUUAGCAGGAAUAAUGGUAGAAAGGAAACUACCAGGUGCAAUGGUAGGUCCGACCCUGGCCUGCAUCAUGUUAGAUCAGCUCAUACGCUGGAGACAAUCUGACAGAUUCUGGUACGAGAAUUCCAUACAUCCCGGAGCGUUUACACAAGACCAACUAUUUGAAAUUAGAAAGAUGACAAUUGCUCGAUUGAUUUGUGAUCACGGUGAUUCAGUGGAUUCAAUACAACCGUGUGCCUUUAUCCUACCCAAUUCCAGGAAUGAAAUAACAAAUUGUUCCAAUAUUCCAUCCAUCAAUUGGGAAGUUUGGCGAGAUCAAAAAUGUAAUAAUCCUCAAAAUACUACAAGCUCUCAGUUGGAUACAACACAGAAGGCGUUUUGAAAUAAAUAUAAUUUAUAAUUUUA